AUGAAUUUGACGAAAAGGGCCUGCUGUCAAUUGGUUUUUAUUUUGAAUAAUACAGAGAAGGUGGGUUCAAGGAGUCGAGCCUUGAGAGCCUAUUAUGACAAGCAGCCGCGCCUAUAGAACCUAAUAGCCUAGGGCUCGCGCCUUGAGAGCCUAGGUUUCAAGCAUCCGCGCCUAUAGAACCUAAUUGUCCAGGGCUCGCGUCUAGAGAUUCACUCUGUCAAGCAGCCGAGCCUUGAGAGCCUAGUUCUCAAGCAGCCGUGCCUAAACAGCCUAGUUUACAAGCAACCGCGCCUAUAGAACCUAAUUGUCUAGAAGCCGCAUCUAGAGAUACCCUAUGGCAAGCAGCCGAGCCUUAAGAGCCUAGUUGUCAAGGAGCCGUGCUUAUAGAACCUUAUUGUCUAGGACCCGCGCCUUGAGAGCCUAUAUUUUACAAGCAGGCGUGCCUUGAGAGCCUAGUUCUAAAGUAGCCGAGCCUUGAGAGCCUAGUUGUCAAGGAGCCGCGCCUAUAGAACCUGAUUGUCUAAGGCUCGCGCCUAGAGAUUCACUCUGACAAGCAGUCGCGCCUUGAGAGCCUAGUCCUCAAGCAGCGGAGCCUUGAGAGCUAUUGUGACAAGCAGCCGCGCCUAUAUAACCUAAUAGCCUAGGGCUCGCGCCUAGAGAGCUUCUAUGUCAAGUAGCCGCGCCUAUAGAACAUAAUUGUCAAGGAGCCGCGCCUAGACAUCCUAGUCUCCAAGUAGCCUCUCCUUAAAGGUGUCCUAAGCCAUGUAUUUUUUUUUGCGAAAAAAAACUCAAAAAGAUAUAUUUUUUGCCCGGGGGCGUGAAAAACAACAACAAAUGUGUGAAAAUCAACAAAAACAAAAUUUUUUUCGAUUUUUUUGCAGAUUCCACCGUGUACACCUUCAAUGUUUCCGCCAACAAGUAGUUCGGUAAGUUUUUUUAAAAAAUUUUUGCCGCCAAAAAAUUCUACAGUAACCCAGGAUUACUGUAGCUUGAAAAUUGAUUCCAAAUUUUCUUUUCCUUCAUUUGUUGGCCCCAAAAAAAGCUACAGUAACCCAAAUUCUUCCAGAAACCGCCCGUUUAUUUGAUGGAACCAGUUGCUGAAAAAGAAGAUCACCUAACUUUUUUCCUCGGAAUUUUUGCAUUGAUGUUAAUCGCAAUUGGAUGCUCUUUAGCCUUGAGUAAAAUUACCAAACCAAAGUGGGUGUUUAAUAUGAGCAAUAAGAGAAAUAUAUGUAUAACAUGAGCAAUAUCCAUAUUCAGAGUUUCAAUUGGCUACAACACAUCAACAUCAUCCUAUGAUAUUUUGAUGUGGUUGUCUAGUAAUCAACCAAAUCGAUCUUCAAUGCUUCUGAUGUUGAGAUCUAUUGCUUGUCGAGUUCCGAUGACACCCGAAAGUAGCAAUGUUUCGGUGGUUUCGUCGAAUGUUCCGUGAGUGCAACUAGACUAGAGUCUAGUUUAGUUUGGUGGCAAAAAUUCGGAAAAUUUAAAAAAAACGAAAAAAAAUUCAAAAAUUUAAAUCACGCGCGCAGGUGUCAACGCGGAGUCUCGUUGUUUUCUUUUUAUUUUUUCCCAUUUUUUUGGCGAAAAAUUGUUUUAUUUCAAUUUUUAUCUUAGAUUUAGCUUAGCUUAACUAUAGUCUAGUUUGAUGGAAAAAAUUCGGAAAAUUUCGAAAAAAAAACAAAAAAAAAUUCCAAAAUUCAAACAGAGCGCGCUUGCGUCAACGCGGAGUCUCGUUGUUGUUUUUCUUUUUCAUCCCCAGAACUUGUUUUUCCCAAAAAAAAAUAAAACAACGAGACUCCGCGUUGACGACAGGUUUGCGCGCGCUGUUUCAAUUUUUGAAUUUUUUUUCGUUUUUUCUUUUUUUUUCGGGGAAAAAUGAUGAUUUCCAAGGAAAAAAAAACAAAAAAAAUUCAAAAAUUCAAACCACGCGCGCUUGCGUCAACGCGGAGUCUCGUUGUUUUCUUCUCUUUUUUUGCAAUUUUUUCCCAUUUUUUCGGGGAAAAUGAUAAUUUUCUAGUAACCAGGAAUUUGAAUCUAGAAAACUUUUGAUCUCUGAAAAAAAUCCCUGAUCUACUUUUUGUACUUCAGACUUCUACCAUCCUAUCAACGUGCAACAACAACAUCUCCAUCCACAAAUCAACCGCCUCCCCCAUAUUCUGCACUUAUCACUUAA